AUGGUCUACUUUGAAGUUUCUGAUAUUAUAUUAGCUAUUAUUGGAGGUUUUUUUAUAAGCUUAAGCUCCUCAUUUAAUCUCUAUAUGAAAGGUAGAGUUACAGGAUUUUCAGGUAUUUUCUACUCAAUUACUAAUUUGGAAAUGGAAUAAUACCAUUGGAAAGCUGCUCUUUUGUGUGGGUUAAUAGGUACUUCUGCUGUAUUCUACUUUAUUUAUGGGUUUGAUAAUGUAUGGAAUUCUAGCAAAAUAUUUGAUACUCCUUAGUAAAUGGUUGGAGAUUUAAAUUACAUUGGAUUUGCUUUAGCUGGAUUUUUUGCAGGUGUUGGAACAAAAAUGUCUAACGGAUGCACAAGCGGUCAUGGCGUUUGCGGUUUGCCUCGCUUUUCAUUAAGAAGUUGGAUAUCUGUAGGGUUAUUUCUUCCUAUGGGUAUUGGAUUGGCUACCCUCAGACAUUAUGAACCCUUUUUGAACAAUAAUGAAAAUACUAAAGAUAUUACAGAAAAUGUAAAUUAUGAUAUCGUCGCUGGUAUUGUUUUAGGUUUAAGCUUGUUUAUUCUAGCAAUACUUCUUAUAAUUUACUAUUUAAAGAAGUCUAUCUCUGAAGUUUUAGUGGGGUUAGUAACUGGUAUUUUAUUUUCAGUAGGACUUGGAUAUGGAGGUAUGUAUAGAAGAUCAAAGAUUUUAGGCUUUUUAUCUAUGUAUGAAAAUUGGGAUCCUUCGCUAUUGUUUUUAUUAGGAACAGCUGUAGGAUUGAAUGUGAUUACUUUUAACUAUAUGAUAUAUAAAAAGCAAAAACCUAUUUUGCAUAAAUCUUUAUCACUUCCUACUAAAAAAGAAGUUGAUCUUAGGUUAAUCGCAGGCUCAAUUAUAUUUGGCUUGUCUUGGGGCUUAGGUGGAUUAUGUCCAGGACCUGCUAUGGGACUUAUUUCAAUUUUUAGCUUACACAUUUCUAUUGUAUGGUUGAUUGCAUUUGGAGUUGGAUAGAAAUUUGUAAGUGUUUAUGAUUCUUAUUAACAAAAGAAAUAUUAACUUCUAAAAGUUACAUCCUUGUCAACUCUACCAAGAGAAGCAUUUGAAAGGAAAUCCCUUGAACUAGAAAAAAUUGCAUCUUUGUGA